CACCAGGCAGGCUUGAUGAAGAAAUCCAAAGAUGUGAUGGACUACAGUGAACAGAAUUUUGCCAUUGUGUUUGCUGCUAUGGGAGUGAAAUUGGAGACUGCUUGGUUCUUCAAAUUGGACUUUGAAAAGAAUGGCUCCAUGGACAACAUGUGCCUGUUUUUGAACUUGGCAAACGAUCCAACCAUCAAACACAUUGUCACACCUCACCUUGCUUUGACCACAGCAGAGUUCUUGGCUUAUCAGCGUGAGAAGCAUGUCUUAGUUAUUCUGACAAAUAUGAGUUCUUAUGUUGAAGCUCUGAGAGAGGUCUCAGCAGCCAGGGAAGAAGUGCCAGGCCAGCGGGGCUUUCCUGGUUACACGUACACAGAUCUAGCCACUAUCUAUGAACUGGCUGGGAGAGUGGAAGGCAGGAAUGGGUCCAUUACUCAGAUUCCUAUUCUUACAAUGCCCAAUGAUGAUAUUAUUUACCCAAUUCCUGACUUGACGGGAUACAUUAUUGAAGGACAGAUCUACGUGGACAGGCAGCUGCACAACAGACAGAUUUACCCACCUAUCAAUGUACUUCCCUCUUUGUCUCGAUUGAUGAAGUCAGCUAUUGGAGAGGGGAUGACAAGGAAGGAUCAUGCUGAGGUUUCAAACCAGUUGUAUGCUUGCUAUGCUAUUGGGAAGCAUGUCCAAGCCAUGAAAGCUGUUGUAGGGGAGGAAGCCCUUACUUCAGAUGAUCUUCUCUAUCUUGAAUUCCUGCAGAAAUUUGAGAACUUCAUUGCUCAGGGGCCCUAUGAAAACCACACUGUUUAUGAGACACUGGACAUUGGCUGGCAGCUGUUGUGUAUCUUCCCCAAGGAGAUGCUGAAGAGAAUUCCUCAGAGCACUUGGGCAAAAUUCUAUCCUCGAGAUUCCACUGCAAAGCACUAG